UUUGCCUCUUUCCACAAAAGAGAUGCAUCCUCAGUCAAGGCCUGAUUCACCGGAGAGAUGAUUAAGGAGAUCGACGUUUUCAACUAUCAUAAGGUAAGCUACAAGUCCAUAUAGUGAUGUCACCCAUCUUUAAAUUCUCUUUCCAAGAUGAAAGCAAUCUGAUAGUCAAUAUGAUAGGUUCUCCAAUAGUUUUUACAUUUUUUCGAAUCUCUCAACAGUUGCAUACAGUUGAUUAUAUCUUUUUAUAUUUCAAUUUUCUUUUCCAUACAAGCAAAAGUUGUUAAGUGAAACCCUCCCAUUUUUUGCCUAUAAAUACUUCACCCUGUUAGUGCUCGUCGUCAUCAUCACAUACACUCUCAAACCUUUCAUACUGGCUCGUUAUGGCUUCUUCUAGUAAGUCCUCACUAGCAAUUACAUGCCUCAGCUUCCUCUUAGCCAUUGCUGAAACCUCAUUAGCCCAAAGCACCCACCAGGACUUUGUUGAUGCGCACAACGCAGCCCGCGCCCAGGUCGGGGUGGCCCCGCUAGCAUGGAACGCCACCGUUGCUGCCUAUGCCCAGACAUAUGCCAGCAAGCGCGCUGCCACUGGCUGUGCCCUGGAGCACUCGAUGGGCCCGUACGGUGAGAACCUGGCGGAGGGCUAUGGUGAGCUGAGCGGUGAAGAUGCUGUCAAGAUGUGGGUGAGCGAGAGGGCCAACUACGACCAUCACUCCAAUGCUUGCGUUGGCGGCGAGUGCUUGCAUUACACGCAGGUCGUGUGGAGGAGCUCGAUUCAUCUCGGGUGCGCUAGGGUUAAGUGUAGCAAUGGGUGGUGGUUUGUGACUUGUAACUAUGAUCCUCCAGGGAAUUACGAAGGUGAAAGUCCCUAUUAAUUAACUAAUAAUGAGCGUACUUUUCAUUUGCAUUGGUGACAUAAAGUCAAUGUACACUAGAGACACUGACUCGCUAUAGCUAGCUAGGAAUUCCCCUAGUUGAAAUUGAAUAUUGAUGGAUUGUCAUAUGUAGUUUGCUUUCCUUACACAUGAAGGAUUCAUGUGGAUUAA